AUGAACACAUCGGAGGUAAUUAGAGCUGAGGAGAUAGAUUACGAGUCGUUACCGGCCAAUGCCUCUCUAGCGAGCCAGUUGAUGGCAGGAGCUUUCGCUGGUAUCAUGGAACACUCUGUGAUGUUCCCCAUAGAUGCUUUGAAGACGCGAAUACAGUCUGCGAGCAGUGGUGCCGCUACAUCAGGACUCCUGUCGCAAAUAAGCAAGAUUUCCACCGCGGAGGGUUCAUUGGCGCUAUGGAAGGGAGUGCAAUCCGUUAUCCUAGGGGCGGGACCUGCUCACGCUAUCUACUUUGCGACUUAUGAGUUUUCCAAAUCCCGUUUAAUAGAUCCUGAAGAUUACCAAACACACCAACCGUUCAAAACUGCUGUUAGCGGCACUUUUGCCACGAUAGCGGCAGAUGCAUUAAUGAACCCCUUCGAUACGAUCAAGCAAAGGAUGCAAUUGGACACAUCAUCCACCAUGAUGAACGUCGCAAGGCAAAUAUACCAGAGAGAGGGCUUUAGUGCGUUCUAUUACUCGUAUCCGACCACUAUAGCAAUGAACAUUCCAUUUGCAGCUUUCAAUUUCGUCAUAUAUGAAUCAUCUGCCAAAUUUUUCAACCCAACAAACGAUUAUAACCCUUUGAUACACUGUCUCUGUGGUGGUAUAAGUGGUGCAACGUGUGCCGCUAUAACCACCCCGUUGGACUGCAUAAAGACAGUUCUACAGGUGAGAGGCAGUGAAACCGUUUCGUUAGAGGUGUUCAAGGCAGCUGAUUCUUUUACCAAGGCCACGAAAGCUAUUUUCAAGAUUCGCGGUUGGAGAGGGUUCUGGCGUGGUCUAAAACCUAGAAUCAUCGCUAAUAUGCCGGCAACGGCAAUCUCAUGGACAGCAUACGAAUGUGCUAAACAUUUUUUCAACCCGAGUAAUUGA